GUUACAGCUUUCCCUUGUGCUGCUGAUCAUCCUCAUUCAUAAGCGAGUUCGACCACUGAGUUUUACAUCAUGGCCAACAAAAUUGCUGAGACCACUCAAAGUCUUUCAACCGCAGCAGAGAUGCGUGAAACUACCAAGCUGCUGAUGCAGCCCAAAGCAAAUUGGGAGGAGUAUCUGACUCCUGCUCCACUAUCUAUUGCUAUCUUGGGAGAACUUGUCUUCAUUUCCUCCAAUGACGACUUCUCCAUUAACAAGAAUCCUCCAGCAGGGGGCUUCAAGCACAUAAAGUACCCAGACUCCUUCAGGGCCUGUCUCAUGCAAAUCUGUAACUCAGGCUGGGAGGCAUUUAAUGACGCUCACAAUGGCAUGGAUAGGAUCCGCCUUCACACUGGCACAAUACCCAAUUAUAUUAAGACGUCAGUCGACAUUCUUUUCAAUGCCAGUGAUAAAGUUAUUGAAACUCUCCUGCCAGAUCAACUCGAAAACAUUCGUUCUAUUGCUGAUGACUGUGUGGAACAAGCAACCAUGGUUGAGAAGAGGUAUUCUGAUGUCAUCGGUUUAAUAGGGGAGUUGUUGGAGGCCUGUGUCAAUGCUGAGCACUUUUAUGGAGAAGAGCUGAAAGAAGUGAAGAAGAAAAUAAAGGAAAACAAAAUGAGGGAACAGACUGCCAGAAUGCAAAAUGAUCAGACCAAGAAAGCAAUGCAGACCAUGGCAAAGCAGAUGGAAGAAGCACAAGAUGCUUACAAGCAAUCCAUGGACUCUCUUCCCUCUGGAUGGGAAGUGAUUGGCAUGAAUUUUGUUGAUGGUAUACAAUCAAGUGUGGUAGGAAUGAUGAAUGGAAUGGUUAAUCUGGUGGGUGGUAAUGUCAAUCCAUCAAAUGCAUCAUUAGAAGAUCAUACUCAUGAGAGUGGGGAUGCAUGUGCUGAUGAGAAUUGUGAUGCAAUUUCACAAAUCAAUGCCAGCUGCACGUCUGGAGAGAUUCUGAAUCUUGCAACGGGUUUCGAUGAAUAUGUCAGUGAAAGUGAUAUAGACUGGAAAAAACUGUAUGAUGAGAAGAGCAAAAGCACAAAGACUGCAUGGGACAAGGAGCAAUUCACACGAAUCUUAAAACAACUGGAUCAGAUCCCAAAGGGCCCUCAAUGCAAGGAUGCUCUUUCACUCUGUGAAACAGGUAUCGAGAUCUGCGAAGACCUGGCAACAUAUAACCCAGGUAAGAAGUGGGACAUCAAGUCAACUGUAAAGCUGUUGGGGAGCAUUAAGAAGUUGAAGGAUGCUGCUCACAAAUUUGAUUCAAAGGCCAAGAAAACUUUAGGUACCCCAGCUCUUGCUGCCAAAGGACCAAUGAAAUACAAAUCAGAGAAGACCAGUUCAGCAAAUCAACGCAAGUUAGCCGGUCAGGUAGCAGUUGAAAAUGCCCGUUUCCAAAUUGAGCAGACCAGAGCAGAACUCAAAAACACACGAGAGUCAUAUGAAAAGGCUGUUGAGAACAUGGAGAAGAAAGAACAGGAGCUGAAUGCUGUACUGAUUGAACUGCAACGCUGUGAAAUCAAAGAGAUUAGCUUUGACCAAACCAUCAAAAUGCUGGUCAAGGGUCUUGAUGCCAUGGGAAGAGUACAAGAGCAGUGGAAGAAGAUGGUGCGCUUCUUCCAAAUGAUCUCCAACAUCAUCCAAAUCAGCCUCAACAAAACACUGACAAACUUUGUCAAAACAUCUGAUUCAGCAAUGAAGCUAAACUACAAUGAAAAGCUCUAUACAAAAGACCUCCUGUACAUGCAGGCAUUUCAAGCCUCAAAUGUUGCCAGCCUGGUCCACAUGAUCUCAUCCACCUACACUGAAGUGUCUAACGAGUACCUGAUGGACAGAGUGAGCAGCCUGGGCAAACUCAUGGCCAUGGAUAAAGAGAAACCAGAGUUUCUUUCAGAGCGUCAGAAGCUGCAAAGCUCCUGCACGGCAGCUCAAAAAGGUAUUCUGAGGCUAGUCCUGAAGAACAAGAGAGAAUUUGAGAACAAGACCAAUGCCAGGAUGGCAAAAAUAGAGAAUGGAUUGAAAGCAGUUCUACCAGAAGCUUCAGCUGAAGAAACUCAGCGAAUCAAGGAAAAUGUUCAGGAUGGCUACGGAGAAGAAAUAAAUAAUUACUACUAAUUCAAGUUAUUCAUGUUUCUUGUUUGUUUUUUAUUUGGAAUCAGAGAAAAACAUGACUUGUCACAUUAAAUCUUUUAAGAAGUAACUCUUUAUUGCUUAAGUAUAGUCACAAACAGUUUAUUGUUAAUAUCCAGUUGUUUUAAACUUGCUGAAUGCUUUGCACCUGCUUAAUUUGCUACAAUAUACACAAUACAUGUUGCUUAACCAUUGAACAACCACACUGUAUUAUGAUUAAUUAAUAAUCCUUCUUUUUUAUAAAUAAUACAUGUAUCACAAGUUGACUUAAGGCAUCAACUACUAUAUGAUAUUAUUGUCUAUAUCAGUUCUGUAUGUGUGCUUUUGAAUUAAACACAGUAAAGUCA